AUGGCUGCCGCUGCCGCUGCUUCCCCAGUCGGGCUUGGGAACACCGACAAAAGAACUCUUUCCAUCACGACGACACUCGGCAGAGAUUCCUCCAGCCCUGCCUCCACCCCCGCAUCUGCGGCCUCUCCGUCCAACGUCUCCACUCCCACAUCGUCAACCUCCGUGUCAGCGCCUCCCAUCGCCAUCCGCCCAAACGCACCCAACAGGCCACCCUCCAUCAAAGCCUCAACCCCUUUGAACAUGGCGUCGCCUGGAGUUAUGUCACCGGGCCCAGGGCAACAACCUAUGGCCAUGAGCAUGACCAGCAAGGAGUGGGUCAUUCCUCCCAGACCCAAGCCAGGUCGAAAACCUGCCACCGACACUCCACCAACCAAACGCAAAGCUCAAAACAGAGCUGCACAGAGGGCCUUUCGUGAGCGUAGGGCUGCUCGGGUUGGGGAGCUGGAGGAGCAAUUGGAUGAGCAGAAGGAAGAGCACGACCGGGUCGUCCAGGAAUUUCAGGAGCGUAUCAAUCACCUGGAGGCCGAGAGACAGACACUACGAUCUCGUUGCCAGUGGUUGCAGUCACAGCUUGACAAGGAGAGACAAGAACGCAACUCAAUGUUAUCAGCAUGGGAUUCUCAGUCACCUUCGUCAACUGGAAAUCAUGGACGUCUUCCGGCACCAAUACAGCCUCAAACGAAUCCACUUGCCAAUAUCUCACAGCCCAGACGACCUUUGCAGCCUGCUCCGCCGAAGAGCUCGGGGCCAAGUGCUGUGCCCAUUGCGGAACCCCGACCAACCACUCAACCAUUUUCCAUCUCCAACAUCAUCUCCCCUCCCGACGAAAUGAUGGCGCCUCUAGGGUGUGGUGGCUGUCAAGCAUUUGGGUCAUGUGCAUGUGCUGAAGCUGUGCUUCAAGACACCGACACAGCGAUGGGAUGUGGAAAAUGCACACUUGGGUCAAGCUGCGAAUGUUUGGAGGAAGCCCUCAGAAUGUCCGACCUCAAACGACCGCACUCACCAAGCUCACCACCUUCGGCACCCGAGGAGAAACGGCAUCGUUCGGAUGCUGGAAUACCUAUGGAAACAGACUUUACCGCCAUGUUUGCUAAGGACAACAGAAUGUCACUUCCAAUGGUCACCCAACCACCACCACAGUCUUUACAGCCCAUGAUGUCGCUUGAGGCUAGGGACUCGUGCGGCUUCUGCAAGGAUGGAACAUACUGCAUGUGUGCUGAGGCUCUCAUGAACCCCAUGUCCUUCCAACAACCACUACCAUCAGUUGCCGAGCAAACACAGACUCACACACCACCGCCAUCAGAGGACGAUGUCGUCCCAAUACCUAUGGAAGUGACCGCCACCGGUGCUAUCAAGCUUCCUGGUCCACGGGCAAACCAGAACCGCUCUUCUACCAACUCCAACGCCACCCAAGCCAAGCCCUCCGGGAGUCGGUGCGGCCCCAACGGCCCGGGUACCUGCGCUCAGUGUCUUUCCGAUCCCAAGUCAGGCCUCUUUUGUAGGUCCCUAGCAGCCAACUUUGAGAAGAACAACCCGGGAGCCAGCGGUGGUGGUGGGUGCUGCGGCGGUGCUGGACCAGGAGGUGGAUGUUGCAAGUCUGGCAACAGCGACGCUUCUCAAUCUGCCGCACCGCAGCCGCUUCCUCCUAUGCAGACUUCUGCGUCAGAGUCAGGUUUCCCUUUGGCGCUGUCUUGUGCUGAGGCGUAUAAGACGCUGGCUAGUCACAGGCAUUUUGAUCAGGCGGCGGAUGAGAUUGGGACUUGGCUGCCCAAGUUGAAGGCGCUGCCGGUUCCCAGGCCGGGGAGCGGUGGACAAGGGGGGGGGAGGAAUGGUGGGGGGCAGAGGUUGGCGCCUAUUGAGGUUGAGGCGGCGAGUAUUAUGAGUGUUUUGAAGGAUUUUGAUAUCAGGUUUGGGAGGGGGGAUUAA